CGAGAGAGAGGGGGGGGGAAAGAGGGGGAGAGGUGUUCAGCAUCAGCACGAAGCUGAUGUUUUCUGGCUCACGGUAGCAGGAUUUGGUUCGGAUCACUCGUAACACCUUCUUCGCCAUCGGAAUUACCAUCUGAAUCGGCGUUUCCGUCCUCGGCGCCGCCCGCGGGAAGAAGAAAGCAGAUCAUUCGCUCGAUCGCAGACGGCUCCGGCUCCGGCUCCAUCGGCACAACUUCUCUCCGACGACAUUAACAAGUUUUUGAUGGUGUUGAUCAGAAAUUCAAUGGAAGAAAAAGAGGAGAACAAGUACAGCAUAAUUGUUCCCACCUACAAUGAGCGCCUCAACAUUGCGCUCAUUGUUUACCUUAUAUUUAAGCACCUCCAGAAUGUCAAUUUUGAAAUAAUAGUAGUGGAUGAUGGGAGUCCAGAUGGAACCCAGGAGAUUGUCAAACAACUGCAGCAAGCAUAUGGGGAAGCCUGUAUUUUGUUGAGACCUAGACCUAAGAAGCUUGGCUUGGGUACGGCUUACAUGCAUGGUCUGAAGCAUGCGACUGGAAAUUUUGUUGUGAUAAUGGAUGCUGACUUAUCCCACCAUCCGAAAUACCUACCGAGCUUUAUAAAGAAACAGAGAGAGACAGGUGCAAGCAUAGUUACUGGAACUCGAUAUGUUAAAGGGGGUGGGGUGCAUGGGUGGAAUCUGAUGCGUAAAUUGACAAGCAGGGGAGCAAAUGUCCUUGCGCAAACACUUCUUUGGCCAGGUGUAUCAGACUUAACAGGAUCAUUCCGGCUUUACAAGAAAUCUGUGCUUGAAGAUGUUAUAAGCUCAUGUGUGAGCAAGGGGUAUGUUUUCCAGAUGGAGAUGAUUGUUAGAGCCUCAAGAAAGGGUUACCACAUUGAAGAGGUUCCAAUAACUUUUGUCGAUAGAGUAUAUGGAAGCUCAAAGCUGGGAGGAUCGGAAAUAGUAGAGUAUCUGAAGGGACUUGUAUACCUUCUGGUGACAACUUAAAAUGGAGCCUAAGCAGUUGAUCAUGAUAACCUCUUCACGUUUUGCAGAGACCUUUGAUUAUAGAAAUUUCAAAUGAUCAGAUGACCUAUUUUCUUCAAUCUCACAGAAAAUUGGCUUCAGCGAGCAUUUUAUCUUUACCUGUAUCUGAACUAUCGCAUGACAUAUUGAAUACAGUGUUGAAGACAUAUCAUGUUGUAUUUGACAUGAUAUCUGACCAAUGCAGGACAUUAUAUGCA